CGACAAUAUAAUAGAUUCAUUAUUGUUAUUGGCCCUGCUAUAAUAAGGUGUGAACGAAUAUGGAUGCCUAUAAAUACGAACUGCCCAAACCACACUAUUCUACGCCGUCUAACAACUAUUUUUGUGGAGAUUGGAAAUCAACUGUAUGGACAGCUCCAGCACAUUACGUUCCAUCUGAAAGACGGUGGAUUGACCACCCGGACUAUCGCUCACUACCCAGAGAGGCUAGGCGAGAUGCCAUAGACUUCCAGAGUGAACACGAAUGGGUAUAUUAUUCUAGAAAUCGAGACACGCCCGGAGGAUAUUUCCAUAAAGAUGUCGGUCUACAUCCAUCUGGUCGACCAGAAUUAAGAUUGUUUGGAUACACAAGAAAUCUUCCCAGUAUGCCUGGCGAUACAGCUUCUCAGAGAGCAUGGUACCAAAACAACAACCCAACACCAGCUGUCCGGAACUCACGAGGAGACUAUUAUGGCUUCUACCACCAAGCAUUGGAUUCUGAAAAUGAACGCCGAAUGAUCAACACGCCAAUGAAUUUUAAAGUACAACCGAAUGAUAUACCCAAAUUGUAGAUCCCUGUGAAAAGCAUAUAUGUAGCCUACAGUAUUACAGCUUUUCCUUCUAGGACAUGAGAUUUUAAAGGCAUACUACCUCUUAGAAUGGACAUGAAAUUGAAAAUCUCAAACUUGGCCAAUAAGUGUAUAUAUUCAUCAGUUGAACUUACCACGUGUAAUGAUGAUAUCUAUAAAACUAAAUAAUUAUUGAUAACAGAUUCUAAGCAUGUUUCAAAAUUACAGGUAAGUCCACUGAUGAACAAAGACUUUUUUUUGGUCAUACAAAGCGGUAGUAUAAGAUGUAUAUAAUUGUCAAGUUUGUAUGUAUUAUUUAAAAACAUAUGUUUAAUUGUUUGAGAAAAAUAUAAUGUUUCAAAAUGU